AUGUCGUCUGCUUCUUUAACAGCUUUCGAGCGGCCAAGAGUCGGUUCUUCUAAUACGGUUUUCAAGAGUGGCCCACUUUUCAUUUCUUCAAAAGUGAUUUUCUUCAAUGAUGUAUAUAGGAUGCUUUGCAUCUACCUUGAGAACUGGAUGUUUGAGUGCCAUUGCAUAUUAGGAAUAGGCUGGAAGUCAUGGAAGAAGCGGUGGUUUAUCCUCACACGCACUUCUUUGGUGUUCUUCAAAAAUGACCCUAGCGCUCUACCACAAAGAGGUGGGGAAGUAAAUCUUACUUUGGGGGGUAUUGAUUUGAACAAUUCUGGAAGUGUUGUUGUUAGAGAAGAUAAAAAAUUGUUAACUGUCCUGUUUCCUGAUGGACGUGAUGGCCGAGCUUUCACCCUUAAGGCUGAGACAUCAGAGGAUUUGUAUGAGUGGAAGACAGCCCUUGAACAUGCCCUUGCACAAGCACCAAGUGCUGCCCUUGUAAUGGGACACAAUGGGAUAUUCCGAAGUGACACAAAUGAAGCUAUUGAAGGGUCUUUCCAUCAAUGGAGGGAUAAACGUCCUGUUAAGUCAUUGGUUGUUGGAAGACCCAUUUUACUUGCCCUUGAAGAUAUUGAUGGUGGUCCAUCAUUCCUUGAGAAAGCUCUCCAAUUUCUUGAGAAGUUUGGAACUAAAGUUGAAGGAAUCUUACGUCAGGCUGCGGAUGUUGAGGAAGUUGACCACAGAGUUCAAGAAUAUGAACAAGGCAAGACUGAAUUUGAACCAGAUGAGGAUGCUCAUGUUGUUGGUGAUUGUGUGAAGCAUGUUCUAAGGGAACUGCCCUCCUCUCCAGUUCCUGCAUCUUGCUGCACUGCAUUGCUGGAGGCUUACAAAAUUGAUCGGAAGGAAGCUCGGAUUAAUGCAAUGCGUUCUGCAAUAGUGGAGACAUUUCCGGAACCAAAUCGGCGCUUAUUACAGAGAAUUCUGAAGAUGAUGCACACAAUCUCUUCCCAUGCUCAAGAAAAUCGAAUGAAUCAAUCUGCUGUUGCUGCUUGCAUGGCACCCUUGCUCCUGCGUCCUCUAUUAGCUGGUGAAUGUGAGUUGGAGGAUGACUUUGAUGUUAAUGGUGAUAAUUCUGCUCAGCUGCUUGCUGCUGCAAAUGCUGCUAAUAAUGCUCAAGCCAUCAUUGCAACACUUCUGGAGGAGUAUGAAAAUAUUUUUGAUGAUGAAAAUCUACACAGGUGCUCUAUUUCAGCUGAUUCCCGGAUAGAAAACAGUGGUACUGAUGAUUCAACUGAUGAUGAAAAUAUGGACAUGAAAGAUAAUGGUUAUCACGAUGCAGAAAAUGAAGUUGAUCAAGAUACAGAUGAUGACCCUGAACGUGUACUCAGUGGAAAAUUAAGUGAAAGCAGCGGUUCUGCUGGCAGUGAUCUCUACGAUUAUAAGGAUUUAAUGUGGGGAGUGAUGAGUGCUAAUGUCCUAAAUUUCAUCGCCAUGAUUGUUUGCCAUGUCAUUGCAGUAUAUUUGUUUGAAUGGCAUCAACGCACGUUAGACAAUAAGCACUUCAAAGGGUUGGUGGUUAAGGAUGCGCAAAUGAAGGUUCUUGAAUUUGAGUUGGUUUUAUUGCAGUGGGACAGUUGCAUUUGCAUGAAUAUUUGGGAUUUAUGCAUUCGGCAUCUGCCUUAUGCCUAUAAAGCUUUUGGCGGUGAUGAUUCAGAUGUUGGAUCACCAAGAACCAAUAAUGGUCCAGCUGAGAGUUCAAAUAUGUCUGUUGAUCCUGUACAAACAAUAGAUUCCAAAGGUCAAUUCAUAGAACAACAAAGUAAACCAAAGAAAGGAAAUGAAAAUUCAACAAGUGAGAUGGAUGUUUCAGUUGUGUUACCGACUGGUGAAUCUUACCGAUCAAUGGGUGAAAUUCUAUCCUCAGUGGAUCCUGUGUCUCCCAUACCCAUAUCUGGAGUGGAAUCAUCUGCUGAGAAAUCAGUGGGUAAAGUUGCAGCCUCCAAUCUCAAUGGGAAGCGAUCAACAUUCUGGGGAAGAAGUAGUGGAUCAAGCACUGCAAGUUCAACUCAACGGGCAAAUGAAUGCAAAGCAGGGACAAACAUCAAAGGCUUACACAAUAUGACUGCCAGAAAGACACCAUCAAUGGAAUCAGUGGAUUCUUCUGGAGAAGAGGAGCUUGCUAUUCAGAGGCUUGAGAUCACAAAGAAUGACUUGAGGCACAGAAUUGCAAAGGAGGCUCGUGGAAAUGCAAUUUUACAAGCUAGCUUAGAGAGGAGAAAGCAAGCUUUGCAUGAGCGUCGCUUGGCACUUGAACAAGAUGUUGCAAGAUUGCAAGAGCAGCUGCAAGCUGAAAGAGAUCUCAGAGCUGCAUUGGAAGUUGGUUUGAGCAUGUCUUCUGGACAGUUCUCCAGUUCUCGUGGCAUGGAUUCUAAAACAAGGGCUGAGCUUGAGGAGAUUGCUCUUGCCGAAGCAGAUGUCGCCAGGUUGAAGCAAAAAGUUGCAGAGCUUCACCAUCAACUUAAUCAGCAAAGACAGCAUCACUAUGGUUCCCUCUCGGAUGCAAGUGACCGUUAUCAGCAUGAGGGUUCUUUGGGGACCGAUUGGAGGCAUAUUAAAGGAGCAGGGUUAGCAACUGGAAGCAGCAGCAGGCAGCCUCCUCGAAAGCAAUUUAUGGAAUUAACGAGUCUUAGUGACUCAAAAAGUACCGAGGCAUCAACAAAUAUGUCCAUGGAUGAGCUUUGCGGUGUUGAUUCUGUUCCCUCCACUUCCAGAGCAGUAGAGGUGAUGGACUAUCCAAGACAUCCAUCAACAGCAUCUUCAGCUUUGGUAGAAUUAACAACUCGGCUGGAUUUCUUCAAGGAAAGGCGUUCUCAGCUGAUGGAACAACUCCACAACCUUGAUCUGAACUAUGGCACAACUUCUUCACAAGAUUUUAUUUACAGACCAUCAUCCCCUCCAUGGAACUGA